AUGGGCCCUAAUGGUAGCUUAACCCUCAAAGAUGGCGGCAUACUUGAGAACAACCCCAGCUUUUGUGCUUAUUCCGAAGCCGCCUCGCUCUGGGGCGACGACAGUGAGCCCGCCGUUCUGUUAUCCAUUGGUGCUGGUCAGACCAGUUCGGCCUCCGACGACACGUCUCUCGCGGCGAUUAUUCCGUUCGGUCUAUCUACCCUGAGAAGAUACGCGAAAAGAACAGCCGUGCUCAAAAACACUCUCAUCAAAUAUACGGAAGGCCAAAACCGGCACAAAGUGAUGCGAACUAUCGCUAAGGGUGAACGUGGUUGGUACAAACGCCUCGAAGUUACACACGGCUUGGAAAAGAUGAGAGCUGAUGAGUGGGAGCAUGUCAUAGUUCCCUGGAAAGGCGAAGACGGGGUCUUCUACCUCAAAGAUAGUAGAACCUUGGAAACGAUACGUACGGCCACCGAAAUAUAUAUGAAUCGCGAAGAACCCGACAAGAGUGUACUUGAAUAUGUCGCCCCACAACAGAUGCUGAAGCAGACCGCGGAGAAGUUGGUUCGCAUGCGGAGAGCGCGAGAGCUCGAGGCCAUGACUCAGGGUGGGGAAAAGCGCGAGCAUUGGGAGGCGUUCAUGGGCAAGCACCUUAUUGGUGAGCGGGAUUUCUUCCGAAAGUAUCAAGAGGAGUGGGACUACGCCCUGUUAGGUCGUAAGAAUUAG